AUCAUCAUUACCGAUCAGCCUUGUUGUUUACAUCGGUUUGUCUUUCAAUUGCCAGAUGUGCUAAACGUGUGUGGCCGGCUAACUAAAGGUUACCCGUGCAGUGGCUCGGUAUUUUCCGUACCGGGGUGGAGUUAACAUUACCCGCCGCUGCUGUAUGAAGAACAGUCACUGGAGUAAAUUGUGGUUACCUUUAAUGGGUUAGCCCUGACAGAAGGCUGAUAUACUUCUCGCAUGAAGUCAAGUCAUAUUUAGCUCGGUGUUGACAUGUCAUAACACGGGGAACAAUGCGGCGAUGGAACCCCUUUUCGUCCCAGCAGAAGUAGCUCUUUGCCGUUCUCCUGAGGUGCUCCUCCUGGCGUAGCUCUCCAAUGUCACCAGAUCACAGGGAAAUUGAAACCGAAAGAAUGGAAGGCACUAUCAUUUUGUCAGAGCAAAAUGUGUCUUGCUGAACGGAAACCAACAUGAUGAGUAUAUUUUCAGAAGAGUAACAUGCGAAAAAGGGGAAGCGAAAAUCCGUGUGACGUUUGUUCAGAGUUGUUGAGGUCCGUCUCACCCCGCCAGUGUGCCGGGCUUAUUCUAUCGUCAGUGUAGUUGAUGAAGGUGCGUGACUCCUGUUUUGAGGGUUUUAUCUGGAUCCAUAAUGUCGGACACCCAGAGGUCUCUGCCCCCCCUCAGGAAGCUCAGCUAUGCGGUAGGACACGUUCUGAACGACCUGUGUGCUUCCAUGUGGUUCACAUACCUGCUGGUGUUCUACCACUCAGUGCUGGGCUUCCAGAACACAAAUGCAGGUGUGCUGCUGCUGGUUGGACAGAUAGCUGAUGGCAUCUGCACGCCUCUCAUUGGCUACGAGUCUGACCGAACCCCUGGCUGUGGGAACUAUGGCAAGAGGAAGACAUGGCAUUUAGUCGGUACUCUGAGUGUGUUGGUGUCCUUUGCUUUCAUCUUCAACCAGUGUCUAGGCUGUGGCCCCCUGACCCCCCAGUGGGCCAGCCUGACCUUCUUCAUCCCCUUCAUCAUCGUGUUUCAGUUCGGCUGGGCCGCCACCCAGAUCUCUCACCUGUCCCUCAUCCCAGAGCUGGUCACCUGCGAGCACGCUCAAGUGGAGCUCACUGCAUACAGGUAUGCGUUCACAGUGAUAGCCAACAUCACAGUGUAUGCAGUGGCGUACCUGCUGUUCCACGUGCAAGCGGGGGAGGAUGGAGACCCUCGGAGUGAUGAGCUGGGACCCGUAGAUAUCCCUGUCUUCAGGAACCUGGCGCUGAUAGUGCUGGGUAUCGGGGCGCUCUUCUCCCUCUUGUUCCACCUGGGGAUCAAAGAGAAGAGCUCUGGAGCAGCAGGGGAGGCGGGGGGAGAGGAGGGGAGGAACAGGCUGGAGGAGGAAGAGGAGGAAGAGGAGGGGGAGCGAAGACCCCUGCUCCCCAGCCCCGGGACCUCUUCGUCGUUGCUGCAGUGGAAGUGCUGGCUGCAGCAGCCAUCUUUUUACCAGGUGGCCUUACUCUACAUGUCUACCAGGUUGAUAGUCAAUCUGUCUCAGACAUACAUCUCCAUGUAUCUCAUCAACACUCUGGGGCUGCCCAAGAAGUUCAUCGCUACCAUUCCGUUAGUGAUGUACCUGAGCGGCUUCCUGUCCUCCUUCAUCAUGAAGCCUGUCAGCAAACUCAUCGGGAAAAGUCCCACCUACUUCCUGGGCCUGCUGCUGAUCAUGGCUUUCUCCUACUGGGUGCUGCUGGAGGGCCAGAUGGGUCAGCAGGUGUACGGGGCUGCCGUGCUGCUGGGGGCGGGGUCCGCCACCAUCCUGGUCAUAUCGCUGUCCAUGACCGCCGAGCUCAUAGGAGGGCAGACGCAAAGUGGAGCGUUUGUGUACGGAGCCAUGAGCUUCACUGAUAAGGUGGCCAAUGGAAUCGCUGUGAUGAUCAUUCAGACUCUGCAUCCCUGCCAUACGGUGUUGUGCUGCCCGGCUUGUGUGUGGUUCUAUCAUAACAUUAUGGUAAUAGUGACAGGGGGCGUGGCCGUCGUCGCCGCUCUGGCGCUCUGCACCAUCCUCAUCUGGCCAAUCAGGAUCCGACCCCGUGGUCUGCCAGAGGAUGCAACCAUUAUAAACUAGGAGCCCCCCCACCCCACCUCUUACAGACAAUGGACACCCUGUGAGACGACAGGAAAACCAGACAGCAGGAAGAGCUUCACUUUACUUUCUUUUUAAUAUUGAUCUGUAGUUUUCAGGAACCGCGGGGGACUUUUAGCACUUUCUGAUGAAUUCAGAGGUGGCCACAGAAACCAAAAUACUUUUUAUUUUAUGCUGAACUGACAGUUAUAGCUCCUUAAAACCUGCAUCCUGUUUUCCAUCAGAUUCCCCAAACUAUUUUAAACAGGUUCCUCUUGUUGGUGUGUGGUGCAGACUAAUUCAACAGGCAUCACAUCUCCUUGUUCUUUACACUUUUAUUUUUCUGUGUGCUAAUUUGCAUUCAACAAUAGCACUACCUCUUGAGUUCAACUUCUCACUCAAUCCACAUUUAUAAACAAACACGGUGUUUUAAUAUAAGUUAAAUCAAAGUUCCAGGUUUGUAUAAUCAGCACACAGCACAGGGUGGCACAACAAAGUCAAAGAAAUACAUUUAUUAAAAGUAAUAAAGGUCCCUGAUUAUAGUGACCUGCAUAAAUAAGAUUCACUCCUCAGCAGGGAGCUGCUGUUUCACUGCUUUAGUAUUUUGCAAGUUUCUUUUCUCACAUAUAUAAUAGUAAAAACCUAAGUUUAUUUUUACAGAAGCUAACUAACACAUGAGACUGUUUACUCCUUUUUAACCGUGGGGUUGUGACCAAAUGCAAAGUGCUUCACUACAGAGCUGUGAGGAGGAACAGGCUUUACGCUUGUGUUGCUGGAUUGACUUGCUUAUGGAUGUUACUGCCACAGACAGCCAUGAUGUUGGAGAAUAAUGAGAAACUAUUCUUUAGUUCUAAUGUUGAAUUGGGCAACACUGAGUCUGAGAGGGAAGCCUGACAUGAUGGUGAUACUUUGAAAAAGGGAACUGCUGCUUCUCUUAAAGGACAUCAGAGCUGAAGAAGAGGACGCUAAAGGGACCCAAAUCCAGCAGGGAUCAUUUUAACGCAGUACUUUGUAAUGCUGGCGAGUUCAUUUCUUUUGAUGUGACUUCAUUUUCAACUUCAUUCCUGAGAUUCUAGGUGCUAACGCUUCAUUAAAGGUACAGCACACUAAAGACGGACACACUGACAGAGCACUACGUUCACAGACUGUCAGCAGACUCGUGAUGAAGAGAAGCCACCUGAGAAUCCUCAGAGACGUCUCACUCAGAUGAACUCACAUACGAUGAAUAAAGUGUUGGUUGGAAUUCUUUCAUGGACCAACUCAUUAUUAUAAGAUCAUUUUUCUAUUUUAAUAAUUUCUUUGUACAUUGUUUUACCGCUAUAUAAUCACAACCUAAAAGGAAAAUAUAAAUAAGGGAUAUUUUUAUAAUCUGAUGAUCUUGAAAAGCAGAAUUGUAUUAAAUUUGAAUUUAUUUGAAAGGGAUCCACUGAUACUUAAUGUGAGUUUACAUAAUGUGCCACUCUAAGGGAUUCCUACUGGAAAGGAUCAGAACAGGGACUUUAUGAUUCUGUGUUGUUUAAUAAAGAGACAUUUAUUAAACAUU